UUGUAGUCAUACAAACAUGGAAAUCUCCAAGAAGAAUGUGUUCUCCAUAUCCUCCUACGGAUUCUUGAUGAUGUUCUUGUCUUUCCAAGUUUCUUCUUCAACUGACACAAUCUUUGCAAAUCAAUCUCUUUCAGGAUUCCAAACCAUUGUUUCUAAGGGUGGUGUCUUCGAACUCGGUUUCUUCUCACAAGGUACUUCUAAUUUGUUCUACUUAGGCAUAUGGUACAAGCAAGUCUUUCCGAAGACUAUAGUUUGGGUGGCGAACCGAGCAUCUCCUGCUCGAUACAUAACUUCUAUCAACUUAAGUAUCUCUGAUAGAAACUUGAUUCUUUAUGAUAAUUUCACCAAAAGUCCAAUUUGGUGGGGGAGUCAUUAUUCUACCAGAGGUACUGCAGAUGUUCAAGCGGUUCUGCUUGAUAACGGUAAUCUUGUCCUGAGAGAUGGGUCUACUUCCUCAGGUGUUGUUUUGUGGCAGAGUUUUGACAAUCCCUCGGAUACUUGGCUUCCUGGUGGUAAGAUCUGGUUAGACAACAUCACAGCACGUAUAAGAAGCAAAUAUCUCACUUCUUGGAACACCUUAGAAGAUCCAUCACCGGGUCGCUACUCUCUCAAGGUUGACCCUACAACAAGAAACUCUUUCAUCAUAGUUUUCAAUGGAUCUAAACCAUAUUGGUCUAGUGGUGCAUGGGAUGAUCGACUUAGAAUUUUCAAGGAUGUUCUCAACCGUAACUUGAGCUUUGAAUUCAAUAUUGUGAAUGAGCCCUACAUCACAUAUUCAGUACGUUACAAAACCCCAUUUCGUUUAGUCAUGGAUGCUUCGGGACAGUUAAAGGCGUACAAUUGGCUUGAGAAGGACAAGAUGUGGGAUUCACCAUGGUCUGCACCCAACCAGAAAUGUAAGGUUUAUGGUUACUGUGGGUCGUUUGGUAUCUGCAAUGAGCAAUCUUCUUGCAAAUGUUUACCUACUUUCAGACGAACAUAUAGCGUGGAUUCGAAUGAUUCAUUUGGUAGCUGUGUAAACGAAAGAAAUAUAACCGAUCAAUGCGGCAAGAAAAUUGACAAGUUUCUUCCUCUUGAGAAGAUGAAACUAGCCACUGAUCCGGAAGAAAAGGUCUUGACAGAAGGAACUAGUCCUUUUACUACGUGUGAAUCAGCUUGCCUAGCGUAUUGUUUUUGCAAGGCCUAUGCAUAUGAUGGAAACCGUUGCUUGAUUUGGACAAGUGGCAUCUUCAAUCUUGAACAACUUGAUGCAAAUGACACCAAGGCAAGGACGUUUUAUGCUAGAAUUACUGCUUCUGACAACUCAGUAGAGACUUUAAACCAAGGAGGUCUAGAAAAAAACUCAGGAAGAACAAACCAUCGUAAAGUCAGAACCAUUGUGUUAGCUAUUGUACUACCAUCAGUACCAGCAACUGCAUUUGUCAUUGGCUUGUAUUGUUACUUUUCAUCUCUACAGAGACGCAGAAGAGUACAUAGCGACCAAAAACAGAACCAAAAUAGACUUGGAAGAGGCACAACUGAUGUAGAGGUUGAUGAUGCAGAACAAAUGUUUUACCUAAGUCUACAAGACAUAAUGGUAGCAACAAAUUGUUUCUCUGAUGAAAACAAAUUAGGAGAAGGUGGUUUUGGUCCAGUCUACAAGGGAACUCUGCAAAAUGGGAUUUAUGUGGCAAUCAAAAGGCUGUCAAAAAAUUCAAGUCAGGGUUUGAUAGAGUUCAAGAACGAAGUGGUUUUGAUUAUAAAGCUUCAACACAAGAAUCUGGUAAGGCUUUUAGGAUAUUGCGUAGAAGGAGACGAGAAACUUCUUAUUUACGAGUACAUGCCCAAUAAGAGCCUUGAUGCUUUACUCUUUGACCCUCGUAAAAGCAAGGAACUGGAUUGGGAGAAACGUAUGAACAUAGUAAUUGGGACAACAAAAGGACUUCAAUAUCUGCAUGAAGACUCACGUCUUAAGAUCAUCCAUCGAGAUCUUAAGGCAAGCAACAUUCUUCUCGACGAUGAGAUGAACCCUAAGAUAUCAGAUUUUGGAACCGCAAGGAUUUUUGGUUGCAAACAGAUGGACGACAACACCCAAAGAAUUGUCGGGACGUUCGGCUAUAUGUCACCAGAAUAUGCAUUAGGCGGAAUGAUUUCGGAGAAAUCUGAUAUAUAUAGCUUUGGAGUGUUGUUAUUAGAGAUUAUAUCAGGCAAAAAGGCAACUAGGUUUGUUCAUAACGACCAAAAUCACAGCCUUAUCUCUUAUGCAUGGGAAUCUUGGUGCGACACAAAAGGUGUAAGCAUCGUAGAUGAAGAAGCAUUGGGUGAUUCGUAUUCUUCAAAAGAAGCGAUGCGGUGCGUUCACAUCGCACUUCUUUGCGUACAAGAUCAUCCAAAAGACAGGCCCACAAUUUCCCAAAUCGUGUAUAUGUUGAGUUACGAUCAUGAUCUCCCGGAUCCGAAACAAUCAACGUUCACAAAUGUUUUGAACUGCAGUCAGAGGUUAGUGCCGUCGGACUACGUGUUCUCUAUUAACGAAGCAACGCAAUCAACAAUGGAAGGAAGAUGAAUAGCAACAAUAUUUGGUAACUAAUUAAAAUGCUCUUCUUAUGUAGCAAUAAAAAAAAAAAAAAUGAGGAAUGAUAAUAUUUUCAUAUGUUGUAUUCCCUCAAUCUAACAUGGUUGGGUGCUUUUAAGAUUGCCCAAAGUGUGUGGUACGUGAACAUGCGGUUACAAUCUUAUCAGCCCCGAGAGCUUUGAUCACCUUCGUGUGAUUCCUCUGUUUUUUCUUUCUUUUGGCUUGCUCUGUUUUCGUUUGGUUUACCAUUUUCAUAACAUUUUUGGUUCUUUCUUUCCUUUCUUAUCAGAUGAAUACAUU